GUGCGUUUUCCUUGGAAUGCUCCAAAAACUCGGCAGCGGCUAAGGAAAUCCCAUCGCAAUUGGCUGGGCGUGCAAUCACCCGGCACAGCCUCGGAGCCGCGGUUCCUCCGGAUCCCAUCACUUCAGCCACAAGGUUGCAACUUCGAAGAUGCAGUAAUUACCUUGUUCUGUGCAAACACUAUCAAGAGGCUACCUUUUGAUUUAUGCUAAAAUUGAAGUCAUUACAUGGAAAUCAUACUGUGUGAAAUAUUCCUAUUGACAAGAGUUCAGUGCAUCAAAGAUGAAGGCAGAGGAACACAGCACGCUCAUUGACCUUCAAGGAUCCACAAAUGACUGAAGUUGCAUGCCUUCCUGAAGAUUUUAGGCAGCAGUGACUAGUGAUGUAUUCCAAAGCUGUGAGCUACACAUGUCUUGAUUUAUACAAUACAAUUGUAAUUCCUCAUAUAGUUGAGAAGAGCCCAAUGUUAAAGAUGUUCACAGAAGAAAAACAGAAACAAAGAAAUAGCAUGGCAUGAAACAUGGCUCAGUUUUAUUACAAAAGAAAUGUUAAUGCUCCCUACAGAGACCGCAUCCCUCUGAGGAUAGUAAGAGCAGAAUCAGAACUCUCACCAUCAGAAAAAGCCUAUUUGAAUGCGGUAGAAAAAGGAGAUUAUGCAAGUGUCAAGAAAUCUCUAGAGGAAGCUGAAAUUUAUUUCAAAAUCAAUAUUAAUUGCAUUGAUCCUCUUGGAAGAACUGCUCUCCUCAUUGCCAUUGAAAAUGAGAACUUGGAGCUCAUUGAACUGCUGUUAAGCUUUAAUGUUUAUGUUGGAGAUGCUCUGUUACAUGCAAUCAGAAAAGAAGUCGUCGGAGCUGUUGAGCUGUUAUUGAACCACAAAAAGCCAAGUGGAGAAAAACAGGUGCCUCCUAUACUGCUUGAUAAGCAAUUCUCUGAAUUCACUCCGGACAUCACACCAAUCAUUUUGGCAGCCCAUACAAAUAAUUAUGAGAUAAUAAAACUUUUGGUUCAGAAAGGAGUCUCGGUGCCCCGACCCCAUGAGGUUCGUUGUAACUGUGUAGAAUGUGUCUCCAGUUCAGAUGUGGACAGCCUCCGUCACUCACGCUCCAGACUCAACAUCUACAAGGCCUUGGCCAGCCCCUCGCUCAUUGCACUGUCAAGUGAAGAUCCUUUUCUCACAGCCUUUCAGCUAAGUUGGGAACUUCAAGAACUGAGUAAGGUAGAAAAUGAAUUCAAGUCAGAGUAUGAGGAGCUGUCACGACAGUGCAAACAGUUUGCAAAGGACCUCUUGGAUCAGACAAGAAGUUCCAGAGAACUGGAAAUCAUUCUUAAUUACCGAGAUGACAAUAGUUUGAUAGAAGAGCAAAGUGGAAAUGAUCUUGCAAGACUAAAAUUGGCCAUUAAGUACCGUCAAAAGGAGUUUGUUGCCCAGCCCAAUUGUCAACAGCUGCUCGCAUCUCGCUGGUAUGAUGAAUUUCCUGGCUGGAGGAGGAGACAUUGGGCAGUGAAGAUGGUGACAUGUUUCAUAAUAGGACUGCUUUUCCCUGUCUUCUCCGUGUGCUACCUGAUAGCUCCUAAAAGUCCGCUGGGACUGUUCAUCAGAAAGCCAUUUAUCAAGUUUAUCUGCCACACAGCCUCCUAUUUGACUUUUUUGUUCCUCCUGCUGCUUGCCUCUCAGCACAUCGACAGGUCAGACUUGAACAGGCAAGGUCCACCACCAACCAUCGUCGAAUGGAUGAUAUUACCAUGGGUCCUGGGUUUCAUAUGGGGAGAAAUUAAGCAGAUGUGGGACGGCGGACUUCAAGAUUAUAUCCAUGAUUGGUGGAAUCUAAUGGAUUUUGUGAUGAAUUCUUUAUACUUAGCAACAAUCUCCUUGAAAAUUGUCGCAUUUGUAAAGUACAGUGCUCUUAAUCCACGAGAAUCUUGGGACAUGUGGCAUCCCACUCUGGUGGCUGAGGCUUUAUUUGCUAUUGCAAACAUCUUCAGUUCCUUGCGUCUGAUCUCACUAUUUACUGCAAAUUCUCAUCUGGGACCUCUGCAAAUAUCUCUGGGAAGAAUGCUCCUGGACAUUUUGAAGUUUCUGUUCAUAUACUGCCUUGUGUUACUAGCAUUUGCAAAUGGCCUUAAUCAAUUGUACUUCUAUUAUGAAGAAACGAAAGGGUUAAGCUGCAAAGGCAUACGAUGUGAAAAGCAGAAUAAUGCAUUUUCAACGUUAUUUGAGACACUUCAAUCCCUGUUUUGGUCAAUAUUUGGGCUCAUCAAUUUAUAUGUGACCAAUGUUAAAGCCCAGCAUGAAUUCACUGAGUUUGUUGGUGCCACCAUGUUUGGGACAUACAAUGUCAUCUCUCUAGUUGUCUUACUCAACAUGUUAAUAGCUAUGAUGAAUAAUUCUUACCAACUUAUUGCUGACCAUGCAGAUAUAGAAUGGAAAUUUGCUCGAACAAAGCUUUGGAUGAGUUACUUUGAAGAAGGAGGUACUCUGCCUACUCCCUUCAAUGUCAUCCCAAGUCCCAAGUCCCUCUGGUACCUGAUCAAGUGGAUAUGGACACAUCUGUGCAAGAAAAAGAUGAGAAGAAAACCAGAGAGUUUUGGAACAAUAGGGGUAAGAACACAGCAUAGGAGAGCUGCUGAUAAUUUGAGGCGACAUCACCAAUAUCAAGAAGUUAUGAGGAACCUGGUGAAGCGAUACGUUGCUGCAAUGAUUAGAGACGCUAAAACUGAAGAAGGCCUCACUGAAGAAAACUUCAAGGAACUAAAACAAGACAUUUCUAGUUUCCGCUUUGAAGUUCUGGGAUUACUAAGAGGAAGCAAACUUUCCACAAUACAAUCGGCAAAUGCCGCGAAGGAGGCUUCUAACUCAGCUGACUCAGAUGAAAAGAGUGAUAACGAAGGUAAUAGCAAAGACAAGAAAAAGAAUUUCAGCCUUUUCGAUUUAACCACCCUGAUUCAUCCAAGAUCAGCAGCAAUUGCCUCUGAACGACAUAACAUAAGCAAUGGCUCUGCCCUGGUGGUGCAGGAACCACCGAGGGAGAAGCAGAGAAAAGUGAAUUUUGUGACCGAUAUCAAAAACUUCGGGUUAUUUCAUAGACGGUCAAAGCAAAACGCUGCUGAGCAAAACGCAAACCAAAUCUUCUCUGUUUCAGAAGAAGUUGCUCGUCAACAGGCUGCAGGACCACUUGAGAGAAAUAUUCAACUGGAAUCCCGAGGAUUAGUGUCACGGGGUGAUCUGAACAUUCCUGGUCUCAGUGAACAGUGUGUGUUAGUAGACCAUAGAGAAAGGAACACGGACUCACUGGGUUUACAGGUAGGCAAGAGAACGUGUUCAUUCGAGUCAGACAAGGUGGUGGUGGAGGACACUGUUCCCAUUAUACCAAAGGAGAAGCACUCAAAGGAAGAGGAUUCUAGCAUAGACUAUGACUUAAACCUCACCGACACAGUCACCCAUGAAGAUUACGUGACAACGAGAUUGUGAUACUUGAAGGAGGAAGUGUUUACCAUACCUAUACAUAUUUCCUAUAGUGCUCGGGGUGUGGGGGGAAAUGUUUAAAAUUAAACUAGCAAAUGCUAACUUACACUUUAUAGCAUUUAUCAACUGUGGCAUAUUAACCUGUACCAUGUUUAAAUAAGGCAAAAGCAAUCAAGAGUCCUUCUGUUUUGUAGCCUGCUUUUGCUUUCACAAUUUGUUUUACAAUUGUUUUUGUUAAUAAAUAAAUGCACCUUGUAUUCUUGUACUGUUGCAAUAACCCACAGAAAAUUUUUAGCUAUCUUUUACAAUUAAAACAAGUGCAAUUUACUCCAUGUGGUAGUUGACUCCUAUAAUAGAUAUUUUUAUAUGCGAAAAACAAUUUAGCCAAAAUAUUAGAGCUUUUCAUAAUUGGGGGGUGUCUCUAGGGGUGAUUACACUUCACCCAGUCCUACAGAUUCAUUUUAAAAUAUAAAUAUUGCUGAAUUGUAAGAACAUGUAAGUAAUUAUAGUAAAAUUGAAACAAACAAGACUUCUUAUCAUAGAGUCAGAACCAAUCCUCUCUUAAAAUAGAAGUCCCAUAUACUUUGUAGACUUUUAGAUUGUUCCAGUAUUUAUUACCAGUAAGUAAAAGAUUUGUUUUAAUAAAAUUAGAUGACUGACUAUUUUUAAGGGCAUUUUGUCAGGAAAAAAAAAAAAGGUUGGUUCUUCAGUUAAAAAAAAAAUUACCUGAUUCAGGUUAACUAUCAUGAGCAUAAUAUGAACCUUUAUGAAUAACUGAAUUUCAAAAAGGUGGCAAAAUCUCUCAGUGACAUAAAAGAAUAAGUUAGACUCAUUUAAGUACCUUAAACAAAGCAAGUUGUUUUCAAACCUACAGUAGUCAACUGACAAAGAGUUCAUUCUCACAAUUCAACUGUAAGCACAGUUGAAUUUUGACAUUCCCAAUCAUACAAUGUUGAUGUUAACUCAAGAGUAGAAAAACCUAGUAGUUCCUUUUUUUUACCCUUACCAACUGGUCUAUCUUUUUGAAAAUUAAAAACACUCAAAAAUCAUUACUCAUUUUUUUACUAUAAAGAAAAGAUUGUAAUUUUCCCUGUAGUGCUAAAUCCUUAGUACCUCUGUCUUCUAUUAUUUGCAGGGUAAUUUAGCUUGUGUUACAUUCUUCACUGAACUACCAUAAGGAAAGUAUUUAUAUCUGAUACAAAAAUGAUUCUGGCAACUUUUUUAAUUUUUAAUUUUUUUGUCUAUUUCAGCAAUUAUAGAGCAUUUCCCCACCAUAUGCUAAUGUAUUUAUUUCAGAUCAGUAGAAAAAUGUUGCAUUAUUUUUACUUCAAAAGUUGCCUCUAUGGGCUGGAGAAAUUGUAUGAUUUAGCAUUGACCAAAAUUGUGAAAUGUUAUGAAACUCAGUUUCAGAUUAUCACACACCCAAACUAUAAAUUAAAUAACAAUGCUGGUAAUUAUUCUUUAUGCUACCCAUACAGGUAUUAGCAUCUGUGUACUGCUUCUAGAAACCCUUUGAAGCAAUUUCUGUUGUUCAACUCAUUUUACAGGUGAGAGAACUGGGAAAAGCACAAACCUGACUAAGGUAGCGCAGCCAGUGAUGGAAUUGUUUUGUGAUGUGUGCUUCGGGGCUGUGCCUUUAAACAUGGCGUUUUCUCCCUCCUGAAUGAAUCCAGGACAAGCAAAGCAAUAUGUGCUUAGAUGGGGGUUACUGUUGCCACUUCUGAAAUCCUGUGCUUUGAGAAGGACUGAGUUUGGUACGCUCUAUUAAGUGAGUGUCCCUUCUUACAAAGUGGCACAAGUGUACAAAAUUAAAGAUGUGUUGUUGUAUUUGAUUUUUAGACUCAGUUACAUCAUAGAAGUUAGUAGAUAAAAAAAAAAUAUUCUGUAUGGGAUCUCAGAUUUCAACAUGGAAUAUUAGAUUUUAAUUUUUAGGGAAACAAGAGGCACUGUUUACUCAUAAAUCUGAUUCUGCCUCAGGAUUUUAUGAUCUGGCUGCAUAGGUUUGGAGGCACAAAGGCAUCUGAAUUGAAACUGCUUGAAACACAUCUCCAUCUCAGUAAACACAUUAGGACUCAGUAAACAAACACAGGGGCUAUUGAAACACCCAAGGUUACUAAAUCGGGCAUAUAGUGGUAGUAUGGGAAGUGUGGACUGGUUCUUAAUGUUUGAGAUACUUUCCAUUAGUACCUUUUUGCCUCUGUGUAUAUGUGUAUGUUUUCCAAAGAAAGACACUAUACAUACAUUUCCAGGAUCUAAUUUCAAGUUUCCUCUAUUCCUUUAACCAACACUACUAAUGAAAGCAACAAAAAAAUAUUUUCCUAGUAACUCAUUUAUGUCAAGGAUUACAUGGUGAUAAUAAAGUGAUUUAUUUGGAGCUGCCAACACCCUGCUUUUUUCACUAUACUGGAAAGGAUUCUAUCAGUCCUCAGAUGUCACUGACAAGUGCAUUUGUAAGUAUGAAAAAAUGUUGGAUAUUGUUAGUACCAGAUGUCCUAAAAUUGAACAUUAUUAUAAAUAUGUAGUGAUAUUAUGUAUAUAGUGAAGGUAUUAAUGAAGAUAAACAGUAGAGAUAGUGUAAGAAACAACAGAAUUGCAAGCAAAGUGAUGAUGUUUCUUUGAAAUUAAAUGAGUGAUCUGCAGUUUCUUUAUAUCACUAUUCAAAUUUCUAUCCAUAUAAAUUCCAGCACACCAAACAAAAGUUUUUAAUUAUUUUCUUUAUGUACAAAUAAUGUUUCUUGUUUUCCGUGCCUCAUAAUCUUUUAAAAAAUGAUCUCUUUUCCUUUUUUUUUUUUUUUUUGCCUAAGUUGGGUGGAAGAGUGUCUUGGUAAUUCAGUUCAACUUUAAUGGAUUGGAAAGUAAAUUCACAAUACUUCAUGCAUCACAGGUUUGUUGUGGAAGCCCUAUUUACGAGAAAGUAUGCUAUGAAAAGAUACUGUGCCAUUUGUGAUAAAUGUUUUACUUAAAAUUUCUGUGUAAAAAUUAUAUUAACAGCAGAGAAACUGGUUAUGUAAAAAAUUAUUUUUCAAAGUGAUAGUGAUUCUCAAAAUGUAUGCUUCACAAGCUGAGUAUUUGUAUAUUAAUUUUUCUUAAAAUAGGCAUUUUAUUUAAUCUCAACAAUUAAAAUAUCGUAAAAAAAUGUACUCCUUUUCUUGCCUUGACAUGGAUAGCAACUUGUCAUACAUUAGUGAUCAAACAUACAAAUGCAAACAAUAAACUUUCUUGGUUAAUUCUAAGAUGUAAUGAAAGAAAUCGAUGAAAAGUCCAGGGUAGUAAACUUACCAUGCUAUUCCCAAAGAAACAAAGUCAACAUUCCAGCAAAUGGGUAGUAAUUGUUUAACAGUGUAGUCUUCUUACAUAACCUGAUAACCCUUACUAAUUCUUGGACUGAAUUGAAUGAAUGAAUGGUCAGUCCCAGGGCUUUUGCUGAAGAACAGCCACUGCGUGUGGAAAUCUGUCCCUCCUUAGUCGCCAUGCAUUGUUUUCACAAUUGUCUUCCAUAUUCUGUAUAGAAAGCUACCAGACUUGAUCAGCAUCCUCAAAAAUAAGCCUGAUAAAGCAUUUGCUGUGUCUCUCUCAAUAUGUAGGGACCACAGAACUUAGAAAACUGUUAUCUCCGGCAGUCCCCUUUGCUUCAACAUCCAAAAUGUAAUUCCAAUGAUUUUAAAUGUAUUCUAACUCAUUUUACUUAUAUAGUAUUUUAACAUUAUACAUUUCAUUUGAAAUUGAAACCACACUGUUCUCCAUAGGUAACUAGAGAAACUAAGAUUCAAGAGAUUUAUGGCAAAUCUCCAAGUUUAUCCAGCUUUUCAGUGGUCGAGUUGGAGCUUAAACAAAAAACUCUUCAUAUAGAUAUUUGGAUGAGACAUCAAUUCAUAAAUGCCUUAAUAAAUGAAUUUUCAUUUGGAGGGAAUUUUGUCUUUUUCUUUUCUUUUAAAGAUUUAUUUAUUUAUUUGAAAGUGAGAGUUACACAGAGAGAGAAGGAGAGGCAGAGAGAGAGAGGUCUUCCAACCACUGGUUCCCUCUUUGAUUGGCCGCAGCAGCUGGAGCUGCACCAAUCUGAAGCCAGGAGCCAGGAGCCACUUCCUAGGCUCCUGUGCAGGUGCAGGGGCCCAAAGACUUGGGCCAUCAUCCACUGCUUUCCCAGGCCACAACAGAGAGCUGGAUCCAAAGUGAAGCAGCCAGGAUGUGAAUCAGUGCCAAUAUGGGAUGUCGGCUAAGCCACAGCACCAGCCCUGAAUUCUGUCUUUUUCAUCCUCUCUUUAAGUAGUAGAAUCAUCCAAACUUUUCAGUCAAAAUUCAAAAUUAAUAACAUUUUAGUUUUUAUUUUCUUACAAAGUCAUAUUAAUAUAUUUUCAAAAUUUUUAAAAACACUUCAACAUUCUCACUUCACUUUCAUUUGUGAUACACUAUAUGAACACUGGUAGUAAGGAAAGGUAUUGAGUAAUAUUAAGGCCUCUCAAAUGAAAAAUGAGAGAACUGGACAAUAUAAGACUGAACUAAGAAUAAAACUGCGGGAUCAGGGGCCAAAACAGCUAUGCAGACGCAGGCUAAGUAGUGAAGCUGUCUCUGCAACUAAAAUUCACCAGUAGCAAAUCAGUAAGUUUCCUCCAGAGCUGUGCUGUGCAAUAAAGCAGGUGCUAUCCACAGAUGGCCAUUAAGCACUUGAAAUGUAACUAGCCUGAAUUAAGGUGUGCUGUAUGUGUAAAAUAUAACCAGAUCCCAAAGAUGUGGUGGGAAAGUGUGCAAACUACCUCAUUCACAUUUUACAUUAUGAUCAUAUGUAGGAUAUAUUGAGCUUUAAAUGCUAAUUAAGGCCGGCGCCAUAGCUCACUAGGCUAAUCCUCCGCCUUGCGGCCCUGGCACACCGGGUUCUAGUCCUGGUCAAGGCGCCGGAUUCUGUCCUGGUUGCCCCUCUUACAGGCCAGCUCUCUGCUGUGGCCAGGGAGUGCAGUGGAGGAUGGCCCAAGUCCUUGGGCCCUGCACUCCAUGGGAGACCAGGAUAAGUACCGCGGCAGCCAUUGGAGGGUGAACCAACGGAAAAGGAAGACCUUUCUCUCUGUCUCUCUCACUGUCCACUCUGCCUGUCAAAAAAAAAUUAAUAAAAAUUUAAAAAUGCUAAUUAAAUGAGUUUUAUAUAUUCUUCAUACAUUCUCAACAUGUCUAUUAGAAAACUGAAAAAUACAGAUGUGGCUUGUUGUUGUCAAUUGUAAUAUUUUUUUUGGACAAUGCUGCUCUGGAAAAUUUGUGCAAUUUCUUUCACACAAUUCAUGUAUUUCCAUAAUUACACCAAUUUAAGUAUUUUAACUACUCAAAACAAAUUCCUGUGACUGCACUCAAAUUUGCAGUUUCUCUUUAAUUCUCAAUCUCCUACUAGAAUCACUGCUAACAACUUGCUGUUGUUUCAUUUUUUCGCUUUGCCUUUGAAAAUUUAUAUAAAUACAUAUAUAUUAUCUAGGUUAUUUCUUCGUUUUUAUCAGGAAUUUAAUCGUACUGUCUAUGAUAUAACUUUAUUUUUUAUAACAAUGUAUCAUGCAAAAAUUUUCUAAAGUAAUAUUUAAUGUAGCACAGCCAUUUGCAUCCAUUCAAAGAAAUUCCUUCACUAGUUAUUUUACCUACUGAUCAUAUUUAUUUAUUUUAAAACCAUUAUGGAAGAGUUACUUAUAAGAAAAGAAAUAAAGAUUUUAAAUGAUGAGGAGUACUUGAUAGACAUGUAGGUGUUUCUGAAAAACAAAUAUAUUCAUUUCUAUCUGUUGAUAACUUGACAGGAUUUACCAUUUUUCUCAUGAUUAAGCACCAAUUCCAUAUCCUAACUUCCAUAAACUGGUCCAGUUCAUGUUACCAGCCUCAUUCUUUAACAUUGUUCUCUCAUACAUAUUAAUCUUCAACAAUUCUACACAUUUUUAAGAAUUAUUUAUUUAUUUGAAAGGUAGAGUUACAGAAAGGAAGUUGCAAUAACCACUAUUGGGCCAGGCUGAAGCUAGGAGCUAGGAGCUUCUUCCAAGUCUCCCAUGGAGAUGUGGGAGCCCAAGGACUUGGGCCAUCCUCUGCUGCUUUCCCAGGCAUAUUAACACAGAGCUGGAUCUGAAGUGGAGCAGCCAAGACUUGAUCCAGUGUCCAUAUGGGAUACCAGCAUCACAGGCUGUGGUCUAACCCACUGAACCACAGCGCUGGCCACCAUACCCUUAUUUUGACUUAUUUAAGACUUAAUAUUGGUCAUGUCCCCAACAUUGGCAAGCACUAUUCCUUCAGCAGUGAAUAAAAUUUUAUUAAAUAUUUUUAUUAAAAAAUUAUUAAAUAUUUUUUGCAAGAGUGUCUUGGCUUUCCAUGCCUAAAAUACUCUCAUGGGCUCUUCAGCCAGAUCCGAAUAAUUUGUUUAUUCUAUCAUGUUAGUUAAUUUCAGCUAACUUUAAUGACUUUCUUUAUGUUUGUCUUACCAAGUUUCUUUUUUUCCUAAAAAUGAUCUGAGCCUGCAUACAGAUAAUGAUCAAGUAUUGCCCACUCUAGGAAGAAGAGGUGAUCUUCACUGACAUUCUUACUUGGCAGCAAUGUAGUUCAGAGGUUUAAUUUUCUCCUAAAAAAUAACUUCUGGUGUUAAUUCAGCAUUCAGAACCCCCAAAAAAAAUGUCCUUUGAUGUGGGAAAAACAGGAAGUUGGUAUCCUUUCAUAGCUGCUUAGGAUGACCACAUACCCAGUAUUUCACCUCUUUGGACUUCAAUUGCUUGUAUUUGAAAUUUCUGGAUGAAAAUGUCUCAACUGUCUCUAAAAUAUAGAACUGUGCUAAUUUUUUUUAAAGAUUUAUUUUAUUUAUUUGAAAGAGUUACAGAGAGGUAGACACAGAGAAAUAGGUCUUCCACCCAGCUGCGCUGAUCCGAAGCCAGGGGCUAGGAGCCUCUUCUGGGUCUCCCACGUGGGUGCAGGGGCCCAAGGACUUGAUCCAUCUUCUACUGCUUUCCCAGGCCAUAGCAGAGAGCUAGAUCAAAAGUGGAGCAGCCGGGACUAGAACCGGCACCCAUAUGGAAUGCCAGAGCUUUAGGCCAGGGCUUUAAUCCACUGUGCCACAGCACCAGCACCUAAAUCUUUUUAAAGUUCAAAAAAGCAAACAAAAAGAAAGUAGAACUAUGGAAAAAAAUAAACACACCAUAAAAUAUUAAGUUAAUGGUUAUUUCUUUGAUUUUCUUCUCUUAAUUAAGCUUUCCUCCAAAAUUUAGAGGAAUAUGUAUUUAUAUUCAGCGAUAAGGAAUGAUAGAGCAGUACCUUUCAUGCAUUUUACCAUUUUCCCUGAAUGGAAACUUCUUUCAAAACUAGAGCACAAUAUUACAGGAAAUUGAACUGGAUAUAACUCAUUGAUCUACUUCAUACUCCCACAGUUUUAAUUGUACUUGCUUACAUGCUUGUGGGAGGAAGGGGGAGAAAUGUGUGUGUGUAUAUAUAUAUAUGUGUGUGUGUGUGUGUGUGUGUGUGUGUGUGUGCGUGUGUGUAUAUAUGUGUGUAUAUAUAUAUAUAUAAAAUACAGUAUAUACAUAUGUGUGUAUAUAUAUAUACACAUAGUUCUAUAUAAUGUAUCACAUGUACAGAUUGGUAUAUCCACAACCAUAGUCAAGAUACAGAGAAUUUAUAUUACCACAAUGAUUACUGGUGUUGUCUUUUACAACCAUACCCAUCUCUUAUCACCCACCUCUCCCCAAUUCCUAACCCUUGAAAACCACCUAGGUUUUUCCAUUUUUAUGUUGUUCUUUCAGUUCAAAGCAUUUUCUAAUUUUCUAUAAAUGGAAUCAUACAUAUAUUCAAUCAUUUAAGAUUCAUGCAUUUAAUUGUAACAUAAUUCUUUGGAGAAUUAUGUAAGUUGUUACAUGUAUCGAUAGUUUCUUCCCUUUUUAUUGUUGAGUUCUGAUUCCAGGGUAUGGAUGUAACACAUCUUUAACAUUUCACUCAUUGGAGGAUAUCUACGCUGGUUCCAGUCUUUGAUUAUUACAAAUGAAGCUACUAUGAAUAUUUAUAUAUAGGUUUGUAUGCGAACAUAAAUUUCAUUUCUCUGGGACAGUUCCUUGAUAACAUGGUAGUUGCAUGUUUAGUGUUUCAGCAAAUAUCCAACGUGUACCCAGCAUACUAUUCCAUUUGACGUGCUCACCAACAACAUAUAAGUGAUGUCUGAUUUAUUUUUCUGUUAGAUUUGGUGUGGCUGCCUAUUUUUAUUUUAUUUUAUUUAUUUUGAUGUGAUUACAUGUCAUCUGGGUUUUAAUUUGGAUUUCUCUGAAGGAUAAUGAUUUGAACCAUUUUUACAUGCAUAUUCAUCAUUUGUAUUUAAAAUGAUGAAAUUUCUGUUCAUUUCUUUUACACAUUUUCUUAGUAGAGUGUUUAUAUGUUUGCUUGUUUAAUAACAUUGACUUUGAGAGCUCUUUUUCUAUUUUCAAGAGCAUUUGUCAGAUAUGUCAUUUGAAAAUGUUUUUUCUCAGUCUAAUUUCUUCUAUCCUCUUGACAGACUCUUGCACAAAGCAAAAACCUUAAAUUUAGAUCAAAUCUAAUUCUUUAUUCUUACUCUCUAUGAGUGCCCUAAGAACUCUUUCCUAGGUAUGCAUCAUAAAGAUUUUCAGACACGUUUUUUCUAAAAGUUUGAUAGUUUACAGUUAACCACACUUUUUUUUUCCUUUUUCUCAUCUUCCCAGUGCAUUAAGUAACGUAUCUACAAAUUUAUGGAGGAAAAGUCAUUUUGAGGCCAAGGAUCACAUAUUAUGUGCAGACAGAAAAUAAGUAAGAAUGUGCUGACUGGCAGAUUUUCAAGUAAUAGUGAAAUUUGUGUGACAAGAAGAAAAGAAAAUAGCUCAUGGGAUAAAAACUGGCACUUCCAGUGUUGUGGUACAGUAGGUUAAUCCUCUGCCUGUGGCGCUGGCAUCCCCUAUGAGCACCGUUGAAGUCUUGGCUGCUCCGCUUCAAAUCCAGCUCUCUGUUAUGGCCUGGGAAAACAGUAGAGGAUGCCCCAAGUACUUGGGCCCUGAACCCACUUGGGAGACCUAGAAGAAGCUGCUGGUUCCUGGCUCCUGGCUUUGAAUCUGCGCAGCUCCGACCAUCAUGGCCAUUUGGGGAGUGAACUAGCGGAAGAAAGAUCUUUCUCUUUCGUCUCCUCUUCCUCUCGUUGUCUGUAACUCUCUAUACCUCUCAGAUAAAUAAUUAAAAUCUAAAAAAAACUGGCCCUUCCCAAAAACUAUAGUUAUACUUUUUCUGAAGUUUGAAGAAAAUAAAGUUCAAACAAUUUGUUAAUUCUGUUACAUAUACCACAACUGGCUGAAACACAGAAAAAAUAAAGAUUAGGAAAGUGGGACUAAAAGCCAGAAAUUGUAAAAUAUUAAAUUCAAUUUAAUUGCUAUUUUGAAAAAGGCUGGGGUUGUUGAAAUAGGAUAUGACCUCCCCAUGCUUUGAAUAACACUCACUGAGUUUGAAUGUGGCAUGUAGGGACCCCUGAAACUGCCACUCAUUUGUUUACAAUGGUUUUCCUUGGUUUUCACAGUGUUACAACAAAGAAAAAAAAAUUGGGUAAAAUGCAUUGUAACUCAUUUGUGUAAAUGUAAUCAUAUGAGAAUAAUGAAAUUAUAAUUAUAUGAGAACACACACAAAACAUUAGUCAAAACAAUAUAUUGUACGAAAAUAUAACCAUUCAAUAUGACAUAAAAUUCUCACAUUAAUCAAAAUCAUUUCCGAGGUUUUCAUUAUAAAGUGAAACUACCUCUAAUACCUAUCAAGAAUGCAACCUGGGCCUGAGCUAUGGCUUAGAGUGUUAAGCUUCCACCUGCUGCCCCCAUAUGGGCAUCCUAUAUAGGCACCCUUUCAGGUCCCAGCUGUUCCACAUCCGUCUCAGCUGUUCCAUGGCCAACCCAGCUCCCUGCUAAUGCACCUGGGAUAGCAGCUCAAGAUGUUCCAAGUGCUUGGGCCCCUGCACCCACUGAAGACCGGGAUUAAGCUCCUGGCUCCUGGCUUUCAUCUGGUCCAGCCCCAGCACUAUAGCCAUUUGAGGAGUGAAUCAGCAUAUGAAAGACCCUUUCUCUGUUUCUCCCUCUCUCUCCAUAGCUAUAACCUUCAAAAAAUAAAAUAAAUCCUCAAAAAAGGCAAUGUAACCUAAAACUCUGGCUAAGUAACUGUAGCAUACAAUUUUAAAAUAUUUUAAUUCUAUGAAGUAGAUUUGCCAGUAACUGAAUUGCUUAAUCAACAGAAGGAAUUAGAAUUCUUCUACUUUAAAGUAACUGAUUUUGUGUAUAUACUUUGUUUAUUCAUUAUAUUUUUUUCUUUUCCCAUGUUUGGAUUUCUUUUUUUAAUUUUUGUUAAUAUAAAGAGGACAAAUUUCAUACAUUUCAUAGGUACAAUUCUAAAACAAUAAGCAGACUUCAUUCCCUCCUUCUUUCUUAGUAUCUUGGUUAUUCUGGGAAAUGCUGCUAUGCAGAUGGGAGGAUAGACAUCUUUAUGACAUACUGAUUUCACUUCCUUUGGAUAGAUGGGAUUGCUGAUAUGGCAGUUCGAUGUUUACAAAGCAUGAAAUUGAAAAAAAGUAACAAUUUUUAGGUGAUCUGUAUCUCUAAUAUUGCCUUCCUUUUCUUUCAUUUCCCAUUUUCUACCAGAUUAGAGAUUUGAUUCUAAACAAUGGGGAAAAUAGGAUAAAGAAUAAUUUCUAGAAGAGCUCACAAUGCCAAGUCUGCAGAACUUCAUUUAUGUUUCUCACUAUGAAAGAUUAGGAAGAAAGUCUUGGUUUCCACACAAUGAGUGCUUAAAGCUCAGGGUUUGCAGACUUCACUUCUUUGCUUUCAUCGUCCAUCUAGCCAUUCGAAUAGAGGAUAUUUUGUGAAAUGCGGUAUGCAUAUGUAAUAUGAAAAAUAGAAAAAGUAUCGUUUUCUAUUCCCAAGUCUAGAAUAAAUGUAUUUAAUUAGUGAUACAUUAAUCAAUCAAGAUCUUUGUUUUUUAAUGAGCCACCUGUUAAACUGCCCUUUGCAAUAAUUUUCCCUUCAUUCAUAACAUUGAUUAAGCAUACAUUUGAGACAGACAUUCUGAGAACAAAAUAAUAAAACAAGAAGUUAUUGAACUGUGUUAAAAAGAGGCUAAUUCUCUGGAAAUAACAAUUAAGAAUGAUAGACAUAGUGUCUGUGAGAGAAAAUCCAGGAGGGAGUCUGAACAUACUGUUGGUUACAGAGAAAAAGGGAUAUCUAUGUCACUUCCUAAAGAUGAGUAAUAUUUCUUCAUAGGAUGAUCUUUAUCAUGGGCAUAAUGGAGUGUCAUUAAAGAAUUUCAUGUAGGAGUUUGUCAUGACAAAAUUCACUUGAAGAACAGAUGGGAGAAGAUGUGGAAAUAAUCAUUACAUUUGAAUUACAAAAUUAAAGAAGCCUUUCAAUUCUGCAAAAAAAAUAUUUUUUGAGAUUUUAUACAAUAGUUUUGAAUAGCAUAACCACUUGAGAACUUUUCUAUACUUGGGAUUAGAAAAUGAUACUUUUCUUGCUUAUGGAAGGGCUUUUGGGAGAGAAAAGGUGAAAAUAACAUUAAGGGUAGUUAGCUAUAUUACAAGGAAAUGAGGCAGCAUUUCAGGUGUGUUGCAAGGUUUCCUAAAAUAAUUGGUUUCCAAAGUUCUAAAGGAUUUGUGGAGGUAGAGGAAGCAUCAUUUAUAUUACUCUCAUGUCUGGGAAAAAUGAACCUCACUCUUGAUUCUAUUUUUGAAGGAGUCCUAGCAAGGUGCACAGGCAUGGAACUGGUUAGAUCAGAUUGUGCUUCUAACCAGGCUUUCUAUAUAGAAAUCGUUUUAUUCAGUCAUUUAAUGAAAGCAGUAACUUAAUUAAAGUGUAUAUUGAGAUAGAAAUCUGAAAUUUUUCCUCACAGAAACAUAUUGAUUUCUUGCUUCUAUGUGUAUUUUCUGUCUCUUAUUCUCUAAAAUGGUAUUCUCUAAGGACAGAGUUCUUACCCAGCUUGUUCACUAUCAUGUUUGUAGUGCCUUGAACUGCUUGGGAGAUUAGACUAUAUAUAAUAAAUGUUUUUGAAUAAAAUGUUUUGUUCUUUCAUAUUACCAGUUCAUUUGACAUCCUAUUUUCCUUUAACAAGAGAAAGUAGUAGUACUAUCUAUCUAUCUAUCUAUGUAUUUAUGUAUGUAUGUAUAUUUUUCAAUGGUUUCCUAAAAUUGUAAUUUUAUUAAAAAUGUAACAAGACAAUGAAAAAAAGAAAUCUACUUCUGAACUCUCACUUUUAGCUGAUUAUCAUGCAUAUUUAUUUAACGGAAUUUUGAUUGUUAAUAAAUCAGAUUUGUUAGUGAGGGAAAAGUACAUUGAGAAAAAUUUAGUGCUUUGCUCAAUGUCAAAUAACAUUUCUGUGACGUACAAUGAAUCUUAACAUAUAUGCCUCAUGUUAAAGUGGCAGAAAUUGACGAAAGAAGAGAAUGGGAUGGAGAAAAAAAACGUGGUUGCAGGUGAUGGAAGGUAGGAGGAAGAAGAUAGAAGAAAAAUGAACACAUCUUGGGAUAAACAAUUUACCCCAUUAUAACUUUCACAAUAAUCAGAAUGCAUUACAAUGUCACUCAAAAUUGAGGACUGUAAUGCUUUUAUGAUUUAUGCAAGUGACUCUUAGCUAACAAACAGCGGUGCUGGAUUUGAACUUAGAUAUUUUAAAUCCCAAGGUUAAUGUUCUUCCAGGACUGACUAUCAUAGUCUUUUGGAAAUUACUAGAAAGAAUGAAGCAGAAUGUAUUCAGUUUCAUUCAGAAGCCAAACUGACUUUCCCAACAAGGUAUCUGGGCUAGCUAUUAGUCAUAACAUGUCAAGAAAAGAGAGUCUCCCUUCUUUUUCAGUUACAUGGAGUUACAUUUUUGCAUUUACAUGAACAUAUUGUACUAAAUUAAAUGAGAAAACAAUGUACACUAAGAUAUCAUCCCUUAAAUAUAUACUUGCAAUCAUGGGUAAUCGCUUCCUCUCCACUUGAGAACCUAUCAAUGAACCACUUAAUAAACACAUGUGAAAAUAAAGCAUUUUUUUUCAUUGCUUUUUGCCUGUGCAGACUGUUCACAUGUAGAGUUGCCAUGAAAAUCCACAGAAAAUCUACCCUGAGAUUAGCCCAGGGAGUGAUUUAUCCAAUGAAAGAUAGUGUGUGGUGUCACAUUCAGUGCAUUAUUCCUUACAGAUAUAUUUGAGUUAUUAUAUUCUCACUUAAUAAAGGCAGAGAAAUUUUAACAGGCUGUGGCUACUUUAACUUUCUAAUCUGUGCUAUCAUUCCUAAGCAUUGCUGUAUUCCAUUGAUUCAUGUCAUCACCAAUGAAAAUUGUUGUAGAGAGUAAUAGAGGGUUCAGUUACUUGAUUAUUGUGUCAAUGAUGCAUAUAAUUGCAGCAAAUGAGAAGUCAAAGGCUACAAAAGCCCAAAUUAACUUUGUGUGCAGAAAAAAUUUGAAAAAAUAAUUGCAGCAACAUAAAGUCAAAGCAGAUUCUACUGUCAUGACAUGAUUUUUUUUUUUUUUUGACAGGCAGAGUGGACAGUGAGAGAGAGAGAGAGACAGAGAAAAAGGUCUUCCUUUACCGUUGGUUCAACCUCCAAUGGCCACUGCAGCUGGCAUGCUGUGGCUGGCGCACCGCGCUGAUCCAAAGCCAGGAGCCAGGUGCUUCUCCUGGUCUCCCAUGCGGGUGCAGGGCCCAAGGACUUGGGCCAUCCUCCACUGCACUCCCAGGCCACAGCAGAGAGCUGGUCUGGAAGAGGAGCAACCGGGACAGAAUCCGGCACC